AGCGUGGAUAUUUGUUUAGUGUGGUGUGCUGUGUAGUUAACGUGUCUUUUGCAGUUCAGGGUUACUGCACUACCUUUUACUUUUUGCACGCACUCAUCGUGCUUGCGCAGCGACAAGCGGCAGCAUCCGAGCAAACGUCUUACCCCACAUUGACGUCUAUUGCUUCGACGUGAGUGCUGAAUACACACACACACACACAUACCCACUCGCACACACAAACCCAGAAGAUUGACAUCAACCUCAGGAUGCUGUCGUGUAUCUUUAUUCUCAACGAGCACGGGGAGGUGAUGGUCGAGCUUCAAUUCAGCGAGCGCAUUCCGCGGACUGUUUUGGACGGCUUCUGGUCCACCUUCAUGGCUCCCUGCAAAUCUUCCAGAGAGCCCGCCGCGGCCAUCGUGUCCUACGGCGGCACCAUUUUCUCCCAUAUUCAUCGCGGCAACGUCUUUCUUGUUGGCACCUGUACGUCCGACGACACCGCAUUGCUGGUACUUGAGCAACUGGCUCUCGUGGCGCGCGUGCUAACCAUGUACUUGACGGAGCUGUCUGAGAACACCGUGCGGGAGAACUUUUCCGUUGUCUAUCAGCUUCUCCAGGAAAUGUUUGAUUAUGGCUACCCGCUCACGACGGAGCUGUACGCGCUGGAGGAGCUCGUGCCACGGCCAACACUGGAGAACCGCGUUUGCACGAUUCUGGGAACGCCGAUGGUGCACAACGUCCUCCCUCUGCGCGCGCGCACCGCAAACAUCGGGGUGGGCUCGCGGCAGGUGGCGGGGGCCUUUGGCGCGGUGCCGUGGCGCGACCCCGAGACGCGGCACUCCACGAACGAAAUCUUAUUUGAUGUGGUAGAGACGCUCGACUACAUCCUCGACAGCGAGGGGCGCUGCGUGAAGGCGGCGGUGCGGGGCAGCAUCGAGGUGAACUGCCGGCUCAGCGGCAUGCCGGACUUGGUGGUGCGCCUGCGCGAUGUGGACGCCGUGGUGGACGACGUGGCCCUCCACCGGUGCGUGCGGUUAGACCGCUACGACAACGACCGCACCCUGUGCUUUAUCCCGCCUGACGGCAAGUUCACGUUAAUGCGGUACACCUGCAAGCCCUCGCUGUUGCUGCCGUUGCCGCCCUUUUACGUGACCCCGCAGGUGACCUUCAACUCCACCGGAGGGCGCUUCCACUGCAUGGCCGGUAUCCGCGGUGGGAUGGGUUUCGCCGCACUCGCGGAAAAAGACACCGAGAUUCAGCGGCUGACGGUGCGGUUGCUGCUGCCGCCAAGCACGUCUUCCCUGACGGUGACGAACUGCUCAAGUGGGUCGACGGCGUUCGAUCGCUCAAAGAGCACGCUGACGUGGACAAUGGGCAGUCUCACGCAGUCUGCCACGCCGUCGCUCGGAGGUGAAUUUCUGCUAGAGGCAGACACCGCCGCCACUUCAUCCUCUCCACCGGAAAAGGAGGGGGCGGGUGCCGGUAAAGGCGCAUCGAAGACGCAGCGGGCGGGGCCGAGCAACAGUGGCGGCGUAGCGAAUGCCACCAUCGUGGCCGUGUCUUUUCAGCUCCCGAACCGCAUUGUGAGCAACUUGCGCGUCGACUCGGUGCAAAUCAUAAACGAAACAGGCAGACCGUACAAGGGUGUGAAAUACCUAACACAGUCCGGCAGCUACUUUAUUCGAGGUGUAUAG